CCCACAGCACGGGUGCGGGUCAGGACAGCAGCAGGAAUCCAAACAGAGCCAGUCCAAAAAAACACAGAGACCCAGAUCACCCGGAAGACUGUACGCAAGACGCCGACAGACUCCAAAAAUCGUUUAAUCAUGGCACAAAUGUUCAGUAUCUCUGACAAUGAGUCAGAGACUGAGACAUCGGAAGACCGUGAGGAAUCAGGCCAGAUGAAAAAUAACAGUGGAUCACCACAGAGAAAGCAACAUCUCGCUCUGCCUGAUAAGCUGAAAGGAGAACAACUAGGGAGACACCGGAAUCUUUCCAUGAAUGACGAGGACCUGCUGGAGACCGGGGCAGCAGAUGAAGGCGAUUUGGUUGGAGGUGAUCCUUUCAGGCCGAGAUCUCGCUCGGCUCCUCCUGCUUUGUGGGCAGCUAAGAAAUAUGGCCGACAGCUAAGGAGAAUGAGUGAUGAGUUUGACAUCCUCCUUGAUAAAGGGAUGAAGAGGGUGAAGAGCGCAGGAACAACACGUCAGAUGCGGCAGUCCCCCAGCUGGUUGACCUUCCUUUGGAGUCACAAAGAGUCUGAUGCUGAGUCACGCCCCGCAGAGUGACUGACAGUGAAUGAAUGAUGGAAGAAAAGAGAAAAGAGAACUACUGUACAUAACAAUUGGUGGUAGAAGAAAAGGAUGCACUGCUGUGAAGAGAAGGAAUAAUUCCAUUGACUGGUUUUAAAUCCUUUUCAUGAACUGCACUGGGACCAUUGACUGUGGAAAAGCAUAAUCGGUUUCUCACUGGCAUGUGCUAGCCCACAAAAAUAACAAAACCGGAGAAUCUCCAAUUUUCCUUGAGCUCUGGGAAUAUUAUGCAGUAAAUCUCAUGAAUGUGAGAAAGCUGGAUAUCAGCUUGCUCGAAUCAUAGACUUCCUGUCACUCUGCCACAUUGGUUUUCAUAUUCAGAUGAAAUCAAAAGACGUUGAAGGUAUUUUUUUAUACAUUAUCUGUUAAAGGAAUUUUAACAAUAUGUUUAGACCAUCAGCUGUAAAAAAAAAAAAAAAAAGUUUCUACUGUAAAGGGACUUUGGCCACUUUGAAGAGCCCUUUUGGUUUAUUACCACCUCUUGAGUCAUAAAAUCUAUUGUAAGUUUCUACAAUAAUAAGCACAAAAGCUUAAAAACAAGAAUGGGUCUAAAUACCCAAGAAAGCAGGGGACACAAUCAUUACUGGUAUUACUUGAACACAACAGAUUUUCAAUGCCUUGUAACUUUUUUAUUAAUUAAAAACAUUUUAUUGUGAUGUUAUUGUUUGUAACCAAUAUAGCCUAUUAAGAAAUGAAUAAAUCAUUUUUAGCACA